AUGCUGAGUAGGCAAGUACCAUAUGCUUUUGCACCCUCAGUUCACGUGGAUCGACACUCGUUUGAGAGCGUUUACCUAUCAUCCUGGCUCAAUGCACAGUUUCAUACUGAUCGCUGUAAUUAUGACCAUGGAUGGCCACCAAUAACCAGUGCGCAUCCGAACGCACCGGUUAAUAACGGUGUAAAUUCGUCCACAAAUCAAAUUUUGCUGGAUGCCGAACCUUCAGAUGCUAAUCUUGAUCCAACAUUGAUGAUGUGCUCUUUGCAGCAUAACAAGGACGUCCACUCUCCAUUCUUGUUCAACUUCGUCAUUGAUGAAAUAAUGAGGCGGACACUGGAGGAUCUUGAAAACCCCGGUGUUGAAAUUGUUGCUGAUGAGAGCCUUGUCGAUUUAGAGUACGCAGAUGACGUCACCCUCAUCUUUGAAGACCAAAGCGAGGCGCGAGCCCUUUCGAAUAAACUGACCACCAUCAUAUUAUCUUUUGGCAUGCGCCUUGCACCUUCAAAGUGCAAAGUCAUGCUUCAGAACGUGCAGUCUCCGAACAUGUCCCUUACAAUUCAAGGAGAAUCACUGGAGAUUGUGGAAAACUUUACAUAUCCCGGUUCAUCAAAGGAUAACCGAGUUACCCUACGCAUUGAAACCCCCUCCUCGGACACAUUUCCCGGUCGUCCAUUCGCGUUGGUUCGUGGAACUCGUCAGUGCGACAACCUUGAGGUUGUGUGCAAUCAACAUACAGACGUGGCCGCAAUCGCUCAGUGCGCCUCCGCGGCGUUAGCCCCAGGCGCACUUACAGCCGAGCUGCUGUCCACCAAAUAUGUCAACCAAUUACUUCGGAUGGAUAUCUUACGACUUCAAUCCCAAUACGCUCUGGAUUGGGAUAAAGAGAAACGCCAGCUGUCCCUUCUAAGCGGUCUCAACGGCAACGUUCUAGCCAUUUUGAGCGUCAGAACCGAUGGGAAUAUCGCGCUCAUUAAUGUUCAGUACAAACCAAAUGAUGAACAAGAUAAUUCAAAGACUGUGGAGUCCGCAAAUGCAGAUUUCAUGACUAAGCUGGAGACUUUUACCCCGCCGCCGACUAAUUCACUUGACGAAUGGAUCUCCGAGGUUCAUGAUUUUUGCAUCGCCUUGUCAGGCAGCCUUCCUUAGGUUGAUCCUUUUCUCCAUUGUUUGUAAAUUAGUGUAUCUUUCCUUUAUUUGUAAAUUAACACUUAUGUUCAACCAGAAACGGCGAUUAUUCC